UUUUUUUUUUUUUUUUCUUUCUUUUUUUGUACAGCUUUUCGCCAGCAAUGGACCACACCCAGGAGCCGUUAGCAGCAGGUCUGUUCGCUGGGUUCGUUUCGACUAUCGUUCCGUCAUCCGUUCCUUCGAAUCAGACACUCUCGGACGGCCAUGGAAGUGGGGGCCCAGGGAGAAUGCACGAAUGGUCAUCCUUAAUCGGUAUCAGUACAGCCCUGGUCGGGAAUGUGUUGAUCUCUCUCGCCCUCAAUAUUCAGCGCUACGCUCAUAUUCGGAUUGAUAAGGAAUGGACGCAUGAUAGGAUACAACGGGAGUCGGACUGGAAAAGGGCGCGCCCAGGCAGAGAUGCGGCGGGCGCUAAUGGUAAUGCUGGGGAAUACCAUGACGAGCCAACUCUCGAAACGUAUCGGGAUGAAUCCCCAGACUCGCAACAUGCGCGCGACGGCAGCUCCCGUGCUCGGGAUCAACAGGGCGAGCAGUCUGCUUCGCAUGGUGGCUUACAGGAUUCUAUCUUCUCGGACCAAACAAUUCAACCUGAGGAUAAGGUCCAUCGCAAAUCGUACCUCCGUUCUCCAUACUGGUGGGUUGGAAUUGUGCUCAUGGUUCUGGGGGAGACAGGCAAUUUCAUGGCCUACGGUUUUGCGCCAGCAUCUAUUGUUUCGCCUUUGGGUGUCGUCGCCUUGAUUUCCAACUGUGUCAUUGCGCCAUUCAUGUUGAAGGAGCAAUUUCGCAAACGGGAUCUAUUGGGUGUGCUUGUCUCGAUCGCUGGAGCUGUGGUGGUCGUGAUCAGUGCGAAAUCAUCCGAGGAAAAGAUUGGUCCCCACGAUAUCUGGAAAAUGAUAACUCAGUGGGAGUUUGAACUAUACUUGGGUCUGACCGCAGGUUUAAUCGUCGCUCUCAUGUGGAUGAGUGCGAAGAAUGGCUCGCAGACUAUUCUCAUUGACGUUGGGCUUGUUGCUCUCUUUGGUGGAUAUACUGCCUUAUCCACCAAAGGCGUCUCCUCAUUGCUGUCCUAUACUCUGUGGCAUGUGAUCACUUUCCCUGUCACCUAUCUUUUGGUGUUCGUCCUUGUUUUCAGUGCUUUGAUGCAAAUCCGUUACAUCAACCGAGCCCUUCAGCGAUUUGACUCGACCCAAGUGAUCCCGACUCAGUUUGUCCUCUUUACGCUCUCCGUGAUCAUCGGAAGUGCCAUUCUUUACCGUGAUUUCGAGUCGUUCGGUGCUCAGCGCGCAGUGAAAUUCGUGGGUGGCUGUCUCAUGACAUUCCUUGGUGUGUACUUCAUCACAAGCGGUAGAGUCCGUGCGGAUGAUGAGUCAACCUACUCUGCGGACGAUGAGGAACAGACAAUCGGUCUGUUAGGGGAGCGCUACCAUGAUAACGUCGAUAUAUCAACUCCAGGACCAGAAUCAAGGGCACACAAGCCGUUACAACGAGUCCCCGAGGCUUAUGAUGAGGAGCCACCGUCGUCCAGGGGAUCACUACUCAGCCAGGGCAUUGAUGGUUUCGAAGAUGACCACCCUACGCCCAGGGGCAUUCUGUCGGCUGCCCCCUCUUUUGAAGGCUCACUAACUGCCGAAUCACUUCGCGCACCAUCGCCCGAACCUCCUCAUUCACUUAUCACGAAUCCCUGGGCCGAUUCUCAAGAACGUCUCGUCGACUCAUCGGCAUCAGAACCUCAGAUUCGCCCAGUCACUCCUCCAGAACAGGCUCCCGACCAAAACAUGGGAUCGACAGUUCUUCUCCGCUUUCCACCUGCACCAGGUGCGGAGAGCAAUGCCCCACAAAAUGACGACGGCGGGGCGCCAGAGGCCGAUCCCGCCCAGCCUGCCGCUCCGGAAACGCCUCCAGCCCGUAGGAUGCGGAAUUCCAUCUCGAUGCGCUUCUCACCUGGUCCACUUCUUCCCGCCCUUUCCGGAGGAUUCAGUGCUGUAGUAGCCGAAUCUCUCCGCCGUGGCGAGUCCAGCCCGGUGAAAGAGCGAAAGGGCAGGAGAAGGACGGACAGGGGGAAGCAGUUAAGCACGACAGUCUUGGAUGGCGCACUUCGCAGAACAGGUGAAGCCAGAGAGGCGGGGUAUGACUCUGACGGCGCUGUCGAGGAGAACCAGGACUCUCCAUUCAAUGUGUCUACUGGUCGCCUCAACUCGACAGGGGGGAUACCCACCGGUCUGUCAAAACCAGCUCCAGCACGGGGCAUCAACCGUGGAUCUCAAAACAACAACGAAGACAUCUCUAACCUCAACCGCCUUCGAAGCCUCAGUGAUUCCUGGAGCGGCGGACCAGCAUGGUUAGGAGGUCUCCUCCGCAGAGGCAGCAAACAACACCAACAACCACCAAUCAACGAAUCCGCCGUCCACGGCGACGAAAGCGAACAACAAUCCACUGCAUCAGGUCAGCAAUGAAACAGAAGCACAUACAUGACAGCUCGAGGAGUGGGCCGGCUCACUCCGGGGUACAUACAUAUUCAUAUUUUUCCUCAUUUUACAUCGUCAUCUUCAUCAUCUUCAUUUUUCAUGUGGGAUAUUAGUGCUUCGGCAUUGUCUUUGUCUUGUGCAGUGUUUGUCAAGUACCAUUUUAAUAGAUUUGUGAACAGUAUGGUGUAUAUAUAUCGUGGACAUAUGGGAUUUGAAUUCAACCUGAUGGUUAUGUAUGUAUGUAUGUAUGUAUAUUUCAUCCACGCAUCUGUCAGCCAUAUGGGCCGAUUGGCGGCAGGUCACUGUAGGUGGCUGGGCAUGGCCACAAAUUUUUAUAUAUAUACAGGAUAUAGAGCCCGUGAACUUCUGACCCGAUUCGGCAGACUGUCUCGUUAAUAUACAGAUACAAAAGCC